AUGGAGAUAAACGUGUUGGAACAACCGUGUGAAUCCGGCUCUGAUCACGAUGACCUCUCAGACUACAACGAAGAUACCGACCAAUCGGAUUCUGAAGAAACUCAAUUGGAAUUUUUGGACUCAGACUCCGAUGUUUCAGAGUACUCAUUGGAUGAUGAAUCGGGAAGUCAAGAUUCCGAGGCCGAUGUGGAUGAAGAGACAAACCUUCGAAUUCUAACUGAAAGCGUAGUUAUUAGGUUGGCAGAAAACGCGAGUACACUUAAACCUAAUCCAAUUAGAAAGCUUCUAUCGGCGUAUGCCUGUGCAGUUAGUCAUAUCGCAUCAGAAGAAAUCAAGAUUAAUGCUGCCAUUACACCAGACAACGAAAAGAAGAAGACAAAGUUUAAGUCUCUCAAAAAAGAGAAUAGUAGGAUAUUAAAAGGUGUUAGUGAUAGAAUGAGGGAGAAACUCGAAAGUUCUAAGCAGAUGUAUGUGAUAAAAAAUCCCGAUGUAUACACACUUUUGGUGAGUAAAACGCUUGAGAUGAUGAGUCUAUUUUUAAAACAAAACACUCUUUCCGAAAGCCCCGAUGCUAUUGCCUCUGUUGCGCAAAUAGUACGAAAGUUUUUUUCUACGGCCAUCAUUCAAUUAGGAUUUGCUUUCCAGGUGUUUGAUAUUUGCAGGGAAACAUUAAUCAGUCUAUCUUCCCCCCAUGUUAUGAAGUGGAUUGCAGUAUUUAAAAAUACGAAUAAUCAGUUUGUUAAGAUUGUAUGCUCCCUUUUGUCUGGUCACCCUCAAAAGGCAGCCAGAAUAAACUGUUUGCAAUUUUUGCAGCAAUACUUGACAUGUUUGAAAGAUUCAAAGUUGAUUACAACUCAACUAUUCCAACCAAAAUCAUCUUAUCUAGUCAACGUCAUACAACUUACAGUUACUGAUGCUAAGGCUGUGUCCAAUGAGGCCAUAAACUUUUUACUUCAAAGGUGUUACAGAAGUCAAAUAAAGGCAGUAUAUAAUGGUUUAACCUUUAAAAACUUUGGUCUAUUUAAGCUGAGCCAAAACUGCAUAACAGAACUAUAUUCAGCAGUACCGUAUCCAAAUUUGUAUACGCAUGUAUUUAGGAGUAUUAGGGAUUUGGGGAUGAAUAUUCGUAGAGAGUGGACUACCGCAAAUAAAAAACAGCCAGAUCCGUUGAAUGACGACAAGAACCGCUCUCUAACUAUUGCUGUUUGCUCUUGGGGAUUCAUAGAGGCUAUAAACAUUUGGGUUGGUGUUGUGUCACGAUCCAAAGAUAAAUUGGAGACUCUGAUUUAUCCCCUUGUAACGGUGAUAACUUCUGCCAUCAAAGUAAAUUUACAGAAUCUCAACUGCAUGCCAUUUGUCUUGCAUCUACUUACGGCUUUGAACAUCCUAUCUGACGGUACUGACAAGUUCAUUCCCAUAUCUUCGAUCAUUUUCCAGUUGUUAGAAUCUCUAAAGUCCAAGGAUUUAGUAAAACUGGACAAAGCUGCUAAGGAAACAAACUCCGUUCUUGAAAAAACCGAUGAUAUUAUGGUCAAGUUGAAAUUAUCAAAUAAACAAAUCCAUAUGUCACAAACAUAUAAAACCCUUUAUAAGCAUAUAGAAAUAGUUUUGGUAGAUCAUUUGGGAAUAGUUUCACUGAACCCAAGUUUUCCAGAGUUUUCAAUACCAAUACUAACGUUCUUGAGGAUUUAUGUGAGAAACGAACACGUACCAGAGGAAUUUAAAACGUGCAUGACGACACUAAUACAAGUUGUAGAAGAUACAUGUGAAAAAAUAAAGGGCAGACGCCUGCAACUGGAAGGAAAGUCUGGCACUGGAUCGAAAUUGAAGGUAUUCACUUCGGACUGCAAGUCAAUACCUACAUAUAAACAUAGGUUGGAUAUAUUAUCCAGGUAUCAACAACUGAAUAAGGAAAAGGUUACAGGCACAAUGGCUGCGUCCAAGAUUUAA